AUGGAGGAACCACCUAGAAUAGUUACUUCGCCCGGACCAGAUGUUGAAGGGAUACCAGAGACGACAAAAUAUGGAUCAUACCCUGAUAGUGAUUACUCUAAAUUGUUGUCUUAUUCACUUUAUUUUUACGAAGCGCAACGAAGUGGUAUCUUACCUCCAAACAAUCGAGUUCCAUGGCGACACAAUUCUGCAUUGGAUGAUGGAGAACUAGGCGUUGAUCUAUCUGGGGGAUAUUAUGAUGCAGGCGAUUACAUGAAAUUUACAUUACCGUUAUCAUGGACAUUGUCAAUGAUAAGUUGGGGAGGAAUAGAAUGGUUUAAAGGAUAUGAAUUAUCAGGGCAAGAGAAAUAUUUGCAUGAUAUGGUUAAAUGGGGAACAGACUGGUUAAUCAAGGCGCAUUCAAUUGAGACCAAUGAAUUAUACGUUCAAGUAGGAAUUGACAAGAUUGAUCACAAUUAUUGGGGUACCGAUGAGAAUAUUCCAAAACCAAGACCCGUAUUUAAAAUAGGUGAUGAUGUGCACGGCACCGAUGUGGCAGCAGAAACCGUAGCGGCGUUUGCAAGCGCGUCAAUUUUAUUCAAAGAUAAAUUUAAGGAAUUAGAUUAUGCCAAAUUAUUAUUAUCACACGCCAUAAAAUUGUUUGAAUUUGCAGAGCUCAAACCCAUGGAUGUAUAUAGUGAUCAAGUGUCGGAAGCUAAAAGUUUAUACGGUGCACGUCGUUAUCAAGAUAAAUUGGUUUGGGCAUCCCUUUGGUUAUAUAGAGCAACGGGUGAACAAUUAUAUUUAAAUAAAGCACGAACAUAUUUCGUCUUGUUUUCAUUGAAAGGUUAUAUGCAAAUCAUUAAUUGGGCCGAUAAAACUUGUGCGACAUUUAUAUUAUUUGCUCAAGUAACGAACGGAACCAAUUUCAUGGAUGAAAUAUCAUGGAAAUCACAAUCGGAAAGAUAUUUGGAUAUCAUGAUUAACCCCAGUCUCAUGCCAAAUAAUCGAUGUGGAUAUACUCCCGGUGGAUUACUGUGGUGUAAUGGAGAUAGUGAAUUUAAUAGUUUGAAUGUUGCUUUAAAUAUCGCUUUCGUAAGUUUGGUUUACGCUCCUUAUGCUACCACCGAAGAGAGAAAGAAAAAGUACAUGAACUUUGCACAAUCUCAAAUUAGUUACGUUCUUGGUGAAAAUCCAAUGAAACAUAAUUUUGUGGUUGGAAUAAACCCCAAUUCUCCCAAAAAUCCUCAUCAUGCUGGUUCUCACGGUAGUGUUACUAAUAAUUUAUUAACUCCUGUCGAAACCACUAAUAUACUUUAUGGUGCCGUGAUCGGCGGUCCUGGCGUGAAUGAUGAUUACAGUGAUGAUAGAACCAAAUAUAAUUUCACAGAGGUAUCGUUGGAUUACAAUGCACCAUGGCAAGGUCUAAUGGCGUAUCAAGUUUUGAAUUUCGACCCGACAUUACCACGAACAAAAACUCCACCAAUAACAGAAAAAUCCAAACAAUCCAAUGACAAAUCAUCCGACGAUAUAUCAAAUAAUGACGGUACAUAUGGUAUGUCUUCCGGUCGUAAAGUUGGUAUAAUAGUUGGUAGUUUACUUGGUGGCAUAUUCUUAAUCAUUGGAGGAUUAUUUGCUUGGAAACAUUCAUCAAUAAUUGAAUGGUUUGGCAAAAAACGUGAGGAACUCAGUAAAAGAUUGACACGUGGUAGUAGGCGCAAUAGUAUUCAAGUAGAAAGUAACCUUCCACAUUAUAUUCC